AUCUCUAAUGGAUGCACCAGUGCUCUAUGCUGAAUUAAAUUUAGCCAAGACUAGAGGGCUCAGGUGUACAUCAGCUCCAUCUCUCCCCCAAGAUGCCUGUCAGGGACCAGGCUGGCAUCGGGUUGCUCUGAAAUUCAGCUGUGCUGGGCUGAUCUUUCUUCUGAUGGUACUCAGUGUCUUAGUGGGAUUCUUGGUGCAAAAACCACUAAUAGAAAAAUGCAGUGUGGCUGUUCAAGAAAACAGGACUGAACCAACAGGGAGAUCAACCACACUAGAGUGCCCGAGAGACUGGCAUCUACACUGUGAUAAAUGCUUAUUUAUUUCUCAAACUUCCAGACCUUGGGCUGAAGGUCUGGUUGACUGUAAUUUGAGAGGAGCCACUUUGCUGCUCAUUCAAGAUGGAGAAGAAUUGAGAUUAUUGCAGGACUUCUCAAAGGGAAAAGGACAACAAUUUUAUAUUGGACUAAAAUAUGUACAAGUAGACAAGGUUUGGAAGUGGAUGAAUGGUUCUAUUUUAAAUACUAAUCUAUUACAAAUCACUGGCAAGGACGAAGAAAACAGCUGUGCCCUCAUCUCACACACAGAAGUGUUUUCAGAUUCCUGUUCUUCAGACAACCAUUGGAUCUGCCAAAAGACACUGAAACACGUCUGAGAGCCUGUGUCCUCAUUCCUGAUUAUGAAUCUCAUCUCUAUUCACCAUUCACACCAGAUCU